GGUCGAGCCCAGGCGAGAAGGAGCCUUUUGCCCCGUGAGCGGCUCCGGCUCAGUUCCGCUGCUGCCCAGACCCCGCUCGGCGACACCGCCGCCGCCAUCCGCUCUCCUGCCGCUCGCCCGUCCGCCCGAGUGCCCCCCAGCCCUCCCGCGAGGGCGCCCCGGCACGGAAGGACCCAGCAGCCUGUCGGCGCCCGCCGUGCUCGUGGUCGCCGUCGCCGUCGUCGUCGUGGUCGUCUCCGCCGUCGCCUGGGCCAUGGCCAAUUACAUCCACGUCCCUCCCGGCUCCCCGGAGGUGCCGAAGCUGAACGUCACGGUCGCGGAUCAGGAGGAGCAGCGCUGCCGGGAGGGGGCCCUGAGCCUCCUGCAACACCUGCGGCCGCACUGGGACCCCCAGGAGGUCACCCUGCAGCUCUUCACUGAUGGAAUCACAAAUAAACUUAUUGGCUGUUAUGUGGGGAAUACCAUGGAGGAUGUAGUCCUGGUGAGAAUUUAUGGCAAUAAGACUGAGUUGUUGGUUGAUCGAGAUGAGGAAGUGAAGAGUUUUCGAGUGUUACAGGCUCAUGGCUGUGCACCACAGCUCUACUGUACCUUCAAUAAUGGACUGUGCUAUGAGUUUAUACAGGGAGAAGCAUUGGACCCAAAGCAUGUCUGCAAUCCAGCCAUUUUCAGGCUAAUAGCACGUCAGCUUGCUAAAAUCCAUGCUAUCCAUGCACAUAAUGGCUGGAUUCCCAAAUCUAAUUUGUGGCUAAAGAUGGGAAAAUAUUUCUCACUCAUUCCCACAGGAUUUGCAGAUGAAGACAUUAAUAAAAGGUUCCUAAGUGAUAUCCCAAGCCCUCAGAUUCUUCAGGAAGAGAUGACUUGGAUGAAGGAGAUUCUUUCCAACCUGGGCUCACCUGUUGUGCUUUGCCAUAAUGAUCUAUUGUGUAAGAAUAUAAUCUACAAUGAGAAACAAGGUGAUGUACAGUUCAUUGAUUAUGAAUAUUCUGGCUACAACUACCUGGCAUAUGAUAUUGGCAAUCAUUUCAAUGAAUUUGCAGGUGUGAGUGAUGUAGACUAUAGUCUCUAUCCAGAUAGAGAACUACAAAGCCAGUGGCUGCGUUCUUACCUGGAAGCCUACAAGGAAUUCAAGGGCUUUGGCAAUGAAGUUACUGAGAAGGAGGUAGAGAUACUCUUCAUUCAAGUCAAUCAGUUUGCAUUGGCUUCCCAUUUCUUUUGGGGUUUGUGGGCUUUGAUUCAAGCCAAAUAUUCCACUAUCGAGUUUGAUUUUCUUGGGUAUGCAAUUGUUCGUUUUAACCAGUACUUUAAAAUGAAGCCUGAGGUUACUGCAUUAAAAGUGCCUGAGUAAAGAAGAGAUUUAAUUAUUCUCAAGUAGCUGAGCAAUGCUUGUGAAUCUUUUCCUAAGAAAUUCCAAAAAAGCCAAUAUUUGUUAAAAUUCUGUUACUUAAUUUGGUUAUCUUGCUUUAAAAAUUAUGCCUCUAAACAACCAAUCUAUUUUUUAAAUAGACUGAAUGAUGUCAAGAAAUAUAUCUACUGCUAUUGGAAUGUGGUGGAUUAGAAAUUUGUUAAAUGUGCAAAAGGUAUAAAGAUGUCCGUUUCAAGCCUUUUUUUCAUAACUUAAUCCAUGUUAUAUGUGAAUUAUUUAUUAUAAAUUCAACAAGAUUCUGUGACUGCUUUCACUGUUUCAUCUGUUUGUUGAGAGUAAGCAAUGAAAAUGUUCUAGUUUAAAUUUUUUGAAGUUUUGCUUUAAUAAGGCUAAUUCUCAUAGGCAUUCUUGUUGUUCAGUGUAACCUUUUACUCCUGAUGUACUGUAAGUAAAAGGAAUCAUUUACUCUUAGAAUGGCAGUCAUGUACUGGUAGAGAUAACCUAGAAUGUUCAUAUAAAAACAUGUGUUUAGGUGGGUAAAAUAUAUUCUGUUGGUGGUACAUCUUUUUGAACUGAAUAUUAGAAAGCAUUUCUUUUUAGGGAAAUGUAACUUAGCAUUAAUUCCCAUCUCUUUAUGUAGUCUACAGUAUAAAUAGAAGUAUUUACCAUAUAAUCCUGGAAUAAGUAUAAUGAUUUAAUGUUACCAAAAUCUGUAUUAAAUAAUGUUUUCAAAUGCUAAAUAUGAUCAUUUAAGUUACUAGUUUCAGUUCUUAAAAUUUGCUUUGUCAAAUUGUUGCUAACUGAAAAUUUUGUUUUCUUAAUUGAGAUGCUCUGCUUUUGUUUUUUAAAUAAUAACUAGUAUUGUUAAUUUUUGAAACAUAUGUACAAAGUCCAUCCUACCUGGAAACAAGUAAACUUCAUUUAGAUUUUUUUUAAACCUAAAUACAUCAUUCCUUAUAUUUUGGUUUUAUGUUUUAGUUUGGUUCCAUGUUUUUAGAGUGAUAGCAAAUGAUUACUUGAUACAUGUAAGUUCAGAGUGAUGUUGAGGUGUUUAGAAGAACUGAUAAGAAACAUUUAGCACAUGGAUCUUGUACACUUAAAGUCUGACAAAUAACAAAAUGUGAAUUAAGCAGAAAUACUCAUGUUAGGAGGAUUUCUGUUUUGUUUAGGUGCGUUUUUAAUUUUGUUUAGAGAUUAAGAGGGAGGCAGUUAUUACAUGAAAGGAAGUGAGAUCUUUGGAAUAAAUAGAAUUCAGGUUUUGAAGACUGCUUUGUGGAGUUGAGCAGUCAUGGUGAACUCUCCUUAAAGCGGAGUCUGAUGAGCUUUGCACUUUGGUCACAUAAGUGCCCAUGUACAAAGUUGGCUUAAUGGAUCUGCAUAUUCACAAUAUGCAGCUAUAAACUGUAUGCUCGGGAAAAUCUAGGGAGUCUGAUGUAUUAUUCCUAAUGACAUUCUGAGAUGAGUGCUUUAAAAUACUUGGAUUAUCUCAAGAUACUUAAAGCUGAUAAAGUGAGUAGAAACACAGGCCAUUUAAAAUGGUAAAUUUCUAGUUACAUAAACAGAAUCUUAAAAAAAAAAAACAACAAAAAACAACUUUGUAUCUAUACCAGUGUUAGACCAAGAUUUGGUUUCUACCUCCCCAAUUUUGUAAAUGUUCAUUUUUGUUUUUGUAAACUUCAUUACACUUAAGAUCAAUAGAAUUUUGCCUGGUAGAUUAAAUGAGUGGAACCAAUUAAAUAAUUGAUAGCUUUUUAUAAUGUAGUGAACUUGAAAAGUUGUUUUUGGUAGGAUUUUCAUCUUUGGUUAAAAUGUUACAGAAUGAGGAAUAUGUAAUACUCAUGCUUUUUUUUUUUCUGUCUUAAAAUGAAACAGCAUAUAUCUUGUAGAACUGUGGGAAAGAGAUUUUUCUACCUUAAUCCAUAUUCUUCAAACUAUUUUGAGUAGAGAUUCACUGAGCCAUUGGUCGUAGACUAUGUAUAGUUAGUAGCUGUGAUACUAUGUUUCAGAGUGGUUCACUUUGAAGUGAAUGUAACUGGGAACAAAGGCUCUCCCAUUAGCCCUGGGAAUAUACAUUGGAUCUUGGGUACAAAUGCAGAUAUUUAAGCUGUUGCUCCCACUCUUUGGCUAGAUUUUGGGUUGUGAUGCUUUUACUUUAUGGACAGGUUUUUGGGAUCUUGGUGCAGGCUAGCGGUAGGGUUCAAAAUUAUUUCCCUUUAUUUUGACCAUGUAAGGGACUCUAAAGGAGGGUAAAUCUGAACAGCACUCUCAAGUCAUCUCUAAAAUGUGUCCUGUGGCUUGCUGAGAUGUCAGUUGCCUUUUCAUGUUAAGCUAAGGAACUUGAAUGCCUUAUGUAACCACUCAGCUGGUAGUAACUCCUUUUGUAAAUAUGAAAAUGAUUGUUAAAAGUGGCAUUCAUGUUUUUCAAUGUUAGUCAAUAGACCAUAGUGGCCUGGAUGCUUUAACAAGCAAAAUUCCACAUUUCCCCCCUUUUUUCCCUUGCAUACAUGUAUGAUCUUACCCAAACAGCUGUCACCAUUUUCUGGAAAUCAAAGAGAUGUGGUAGUAAAUCAUACUGUUCACAUCGUCUGAGAUCAAUAUGAGCACAAAACUCAUUCAACUAGGUCUGUCUGGAAUGUAUAUAAAAUAAUGUAAAUAAAAAUUGUAAAUUAGUGUGAAUUGUAUCUUGCAUAUGAGACUGUGUAUUGUUUUGCAUUCUCUUCUCUCUUUUAGAAAUUGUUCUGUAAGGAAAAGAUCCAGCUCAUUGGUUUUAGACUGGAAAUAGCCAACAGUUCUGGCUGCACAGUGAGUUAACAGGAACUGGAAAUAGGGUUUAUCAGCUCUGGUUAAUGUCAGUACUUAUUUAUUAGCCUUUCAGUGCCUAAUGAGACUUUGCUCCAUUUUUUAGUUGGCUGUUCGUAUAUGUGAGGUUGGCUUCCUGGAGGCAGUGAAUGUAUACAGUUGCAAUAACGCUGCAAGCUAAAAAUAUAAUUUUGUUGAUUGCAAACUGAAGUGUAUUACAUUUUCCUACAUUCAGGAUUGUUAACCUUUAUGUACAAAAAAGCCUUGAAAUUUCAUGUAUUUCAAUGUGAACCUAAGUCUGAAAUAGAGCAGAGAUAAGACAAAUAGUAGCUCUUAUUUCAAUUUAAGCAUAUCUCAGGUGACUUCUCUAAAUUAAAAGUUGCUCAUUGUAGGAUUACAGAAGAAAAGACAGAAGCAAUCUUGUAAUUACAGCUGUUGCCACCUUGUUGCUGAACUGAAUAGGUUUAUUUUAAAUUCAUAAAUAUGUUAUUGAAACUUCCAGACUUACAGAAAACCAUCCCAGACACUCUCAGUCUAAAACUCCACUUUUCAGCUAGGCAGAUGCGUCUUUUUACACGGAAGACUGCGGUACCAUUCCUUGAAUUCCUUACUUGAUAAUAUAAAUGAAAAUACAAUCAGUUUGAUUUCCUGCUUUAAAUUGCUUUUAACGAGCAAUCUUUACUGCAUUCCAAAGUGACAAAGACAAAAGCUUUUAAUAGUCAUCAUUCAGCUGGUAGAAAAAGUUAAUGCUCUGUGCUAGGAGAGUUUUGCUAUUGGCAGCAACUCAUGUUAUGUUACAUGGAGGGAAAUGCUGGUGAUUAUGCACAGAGGAUUUGGUAAAGCAAGUUCAUCUUUAUUUCAAAAUUGAAUUCACUCUGGUUUUUCUUCUGUCGUUCCUUAGAUUUCAGAAUAUCCUGUUACUGGGAAUCUAGCCACAUAUUAAGGCAGUCUGUUUUUGUAUCUUUAUAAAAAGAAGACAUUAUUAUAUUGGACCAUUUUUUUUUUUUCCUUCUCAUUACAUACCAUUUGUGUGAUCACAGUGUUAAGUGUUAGUUCUUACGUCUUUGGGCAGAAGAGUACCAGUUAUUUUAAAUGAAUUUUUCCCUGUCUUUGAAGCUCAGUCUGUGUGUUGUUGCCACAAAAGAAAAUACCUGGGUUUGCAUUACUUGAAUACUUGAAAGCUGAAAUUGAUAAGAUACGUUAUGGAAUGAAUUAGGUUUUUAUUUCUGGAUAAAAUUAGAAAUGAAAUAAAGAUUUGAACUACUUAAAGGAUGAAAAUAAUGAUAGUGCUUAUAAGCACUCUGAACCCUUUUGUGUUUGAGGCACCCAAAAUUCAAGUGUUCACUAGGUUUUCUCCUGAAGUCCUGCGCUUUUCUGUGCUUCAUGCAUUUAUUCUUAUUACUGAUGUUGUAGAACAGCAGGGUAAAGUGUCAUUAUACCUGUGCUCAUUAUGAACCCCACAGCUUUUCUAGUUAAGGAAAAAAUACUCUCAAAAAUACUCAUAGUGUCGGGUUUUUUUUUUUUUUUUGUUAAUGUUUUACCCACUAAUGGUAUUUUAGAUACCUUUGAUCAUUUUAAUAAGGUGUUUAUAAAGUUUAAAACAUUACAUAUUGUAUUUGAACUAGUUAGAGUAAGAAAAAAAAAACCUAGCUUAUUGAGACCGUAGAUAUUCUGUUAGUUAAAUUUCAAAAUUUUUAAUAAAGGAACUUUCAGAGAUAAGUUGAGACCUGAUGGUAUCCAUUAAACCAGCUCCUGUGACGUGGGAAGGGGCCCCAGAAGCCGUGAGGACACGCGAGGGCAUUUGCUGGCCAUGGUUGAGGUGGUAGUGUGCUCCUGCUUAAAUACAGGUAGUGACACACUGACAGCUUUGUUGCCCAAUCAUCUGGAGUAGUGCCCUGCAUUUAUCUGUACUGAAAUAACUAUACAUUAAUGAAAUCUACAAAAAAAAAAAAAAAAAAGAAACUUUAUGACUGUACUGUAUUUAGGAGCCCUUGUACAGCUAGGUAAAGUUUCCAUGAUAUAAAGUGUUUGGAUUUUAAACUUUACGAUUAUAAGGAAGAAGACAUGGCAUUAUUCCGUGUGCUUAAAUGAUAAUUUGCUUAUUGAGUUUCAGAAGAAAAAAAUAUGAGUAAUUGUCACUGCGUUAGCUGUAAUGUUAAAUUGGCAAGUUGUAGCAUAAAGCUGAAAUCUGUGUUUCUCAAAUGUGAACCAUAGUAGUCUAAUGCUGCUUUGUAUAUACUGUAAGUGCUACAGAUAGUCUCAGCACUGAACAUGUAUUGAUACCUCUCAGAUGAAUGCAACCUUUGACGUAGGUAUUCUGAUAUGCCUCAGAAAGUAUCUGAGUGUCUGCGAAUUUGUUAAUCUGUUUGGUAAUGAAGAUACUUCCUGUUCUUUUUUUGUUGUUGUCCCAUAUUUUCAUGUUUAAAUUUGAAUUUUUACAUUUUUACUACUGUUAAUUUAAGUACAAUUUGUUCAAUGGUUAAAAUGGGGUUGUCAGUGAAGAAACUUAAAAACAGCCUCAUUCAUGUCACUGAUUAAGUAAAAACUACAUUUUGUGUUCUAUGUUCAUACACUUUAAUGAUCUGUAUUUCUGUUUAAAUAUAAGUGAUGAUGUUUAGGCUUUGUUUCUGUUUAAUAAGGCUUUUUACCAUUGAUUAAAUGAAGGAAUGUAUCUUUUUGAAGAGAUUUAUAUUCUGUAAAUAAAAAUUGGUUGAAACAAUAAAGUUGGGU